UUUUCAACAAAAUUCAAACUCAAAAACAUAAAAAAUUAAAAACACUCUCUUUCCCGCUCACCUCUAAAAUUUCACUUUUUUUUUUCUUUCAUCUCUUUCUCUCUCCUCUUAUUUUCCGCCUUCUUCAAAAUCAAAACUUCCCCAAAAAAUCCAAAUUCAAAAACCCUAAAAUAAAAAAUCAAUUAAAAUUAAUCAAUGUCGUCAUCAUCAACUCGGCGGAUCAAAGAAAGGGGAGGAUCUGUCGGAAAGAUUGCAUCUUCAAUACCCAAUAAAACCCUAACCCCAAUUUCUGAAAAACCCUCAUUAGCUACCAGUGGAAGGAAAUCAAUCGGCAAGGAAAACCCUAACCCUAGAUCGGUUUCUAGGGUUUCCGGCGGAGCUCAGAAGCCUGUGAUUCGGUCAAUGCCAAGAGUUUCUGAUGUCGAAACACGGUCUCGAUCUCGAGGUAGGAGGAGUCCUAGCCCUAACCCUAACCCUAAUUCUAACCCCUCUGAUUUUACUAGAGUUUUGUCUGAUAUGCGGAAAACUAGGGUUGCUAGUGGUAGUGAUUCUGCUAGAAGGGGUGAGAUUUCUGGGUUGAAGGGGGUUAGUGGGUUUAAAGUUCUGGAUAAAAAGGGGUUUAGGGAUUUGAAUCAGAAAAUUAGUGGAAGUAGGGUUUCUAUUGAUGGGAAGGAAGUUACAAAUGUUGGAAAAAUUAGUGGUAGAAAAGAUGAUAAUAUAUCUUCUGUUCAUUCUGUAAAGGUAAAUGUUAAUAAUUUAAGUGAUGGGUGUGUUAAUGAGGGUAAUAAAGUUCAAGGAUUCGAUCCCUGUGAAUCGAAAAAUGUGAAUCAAAUUGUCGAUUUGAAGAGUAAUGUUGGUUGUUCUAAUAUGGAGAAAAGUGUGAGAGUCUCGAGUGCUUCGAAGGGUGUGGAUGUUAGUAAAGAGAAGGGCGUGAUUGAGGAGGGGAUGAGUGGGCGUGUUGCGAACAAGCACGCUAGUAAGCUGCACGAGAAGCUUGCGUAUUUGGAAGGGAAGGUGAAGAGAAUUGCUACUGAUAUAAAGAAGACAAAGGAGAUGCUUGAUAUGAACAAUACCGAUGCGUCUAAGGUUAUACUUUCGGAUAUUCAGGAGAAGAUUUCGGGUAUUGAGAAAGCCAUGGGCAAUGUGAUGAGUGAUUCUAAAUCACAUGGAACUGCUGAUAGUUCUAGUAAUUCGGAUAAUUUAAAGAACACUGAAAUUGAUAGCUUACACGGAAUAAAAGAGGAGAAUCAAAAUGUGCAAGGUGAUUCUUCAAAAGUAUCAGUGAAAAGCUUGAGUUGUGAAGAGCUAGAAGCUAGGCUUUUCCCUCAUCACAAAUUUUUACGAAAUCGGACUACACUGAAAGUGGCAGAUUAUGGCUCUCAAAGUGAUGGAACCCAUGUUUUAGAAACCAAUAAUGAAUCUAAUUCCAAAGAUGACGCAGAGUGUCCUAUGGAUGAGGAUCCAAUAGCAAUGGAGUUCUUGGCUUCCUUAACUAAGACACAGUCUAAGGUUGAUAUGAAAGAUGUAGAAGCUAUUUUGGAUGCUAAUAAAGUCCAUGAAGCAGAUGAUGCUGAAACUUCAACAGCACGACGGAGUUCAGGUGUAUUGGGUGGAAAAAGUACUGCUGAAGUAGAUUUGGAAGCUGAUGAGACACUUGACGAAUUUGAUGAUCAAGAGAAUAAGCAAAAAAUGAUAGUUGAUGAAGAGAUGGAUGAUAAUUCCAUUUCUCAGCUGAUUGAAAUUGGGCGCAAGACUUCUACUGGAGGAUGGUUUGUAUCGGAGGGAGAAUCAGUUCUUCUAGCUCAUGAUGAUGGUUCAUGUUCUUUCUAUGAUAUUGCGAACCAUGAGGAGAAAGCUGAAUACAGGCCACCAGCAGGAAUUUCAGAAAACAUAUGGAGGGACUGUUGGAUAAUUCGCGCCCCUAGUGCUGAUGGUUGCUCUGGAAAGUAUGUGGUGGCUGCUUCUGCAGGAAAUACUAUGGACUCAGGGUUCUGUUCAUGGGACUUUUAUACCAAAGAUGUGCGAGCUUUCCACAUUGAGGAUAACACUACCAGCCCAAGAGUAGCUCUUGGUCGGUUACGUGAUAACAUUAUGUACAGAAGGAAUGCUCCAUCUAAUAUCAUGUCCUCUGAAAAUCUCCAAUGGUGGUAUAGACCCUGUGGACCUUUAAUUAUCUCCACUGCUAGUUGUCAGAAAGCUGUUAAAGUAUUUGACAUCCGUGAUGGCGAGCAAAUUAUGAAGUGGGAUGUUCAAAAGCCUGUGCUACCAAUGGAUUAUUCUAGUCCAUUGCAGUGGAGAAAUAGAGGAAAAGCUGUUAUAGCAGAAGCAGAUGCUAUAUCUCUGUGGGAUGUCAACUCAUUAAAUCCUCGAGCAUUGUUAUCUGUUUCAACCUCAGGUCGCAGGAUUUCAGCUCUUCAUGUGAAUAAUACUGAUGCUGAGUUGGGUGGAGGAGUCCGACAAAGAGCAAGUUCAUCAGAAGCAGAAGGAAAUGAUGGUGUCUUCUGCACUGCUGAUUCCAUUAAUGUCCUUGACUUCCGUCAGCCAUCUGGUAUCGGACUUAAGAUACCUAGGAUUGGUGUAACUGUUCAAUCUGUCUCUUCCCGAGGAGAUUCCGUGUUUCUUGGCUGUAGUAGUGUUGUCUCAGCGGUAAAGAAGCAGGUGAAUUCACAGGUGCAACAAUUCUCUUUACGGAAGCAGAAGAUAGUGAACACCUAUACAUUACCUGAAUCCAAUGCUCAUUCCCAUCACAAAGCGCUGACCCAAGUUUGGGGGAACGGAAACAUGGUUAUGGCCGUUUGUGGACUUGGGUUGUUUGUUUUUGAUGCUUUGAAAGAUGAUGGGUUGCCUUCAUUUGCUAGUGACUAUAGUAGUCCGCAGAGUGCGAAGGAAAUUAUUGGCCCGGACGACUUGUAUUCACCUUCAUUUGAUUGCCUCUCUUCCCAGGUUCUGCUUAUAUCAAGAGACCGUCCAGCAAUGUGGAGGCAAUUGUCGUAGAUAUGAUGCUCAUUAUAAGCUAAGGAGCACCUCGCUCUUUUCAUGUAAAAUAAGUUAAGUGUUUUUUUGUUAAUUAUUGUGUGUUAUAACUUAUCAGUUUUUGAGUGGUUUUUUUUUUUAUCAGUUGAUUUGCUUGAUAUGUAUAAAUGAGAUGCCGACCGUGAUUUCUUGCGAGUUUCUCCAUGGGCAAGUCUCUUGCUUUAGGCUUAUAUGUGUCCAUCUUUUAAGAUCUUCUCGAUUAUUCAAUCGUGAUCAAUAUUUCAGCUAUAUUCUACUC